UUUGUCUCAAAGACUCGUUUCCCCCCCCAGCCGUCGCCCUUGGUACUGUUGGAUGCUCAUAGCAAUGGCCUCGUCGGACCCCCACAAGCCCUUUGAUGCCAUCGGAAUGCAACCCAGCGGCCAGGACAGCGCCGUCCACCUCCAGGACGCGGCAGAGUCGUCGCAACCAUGGCAGCCAGCGCCCAUAUCCCACCAGCAGACGGCGCAAGAUCCUGAAUACACUACUCUGGACGAGGAUGAUGAUGAAGAUGCUGCCCAAGACCUCGUCUCGGACUCGGGUUUUGACAGUGGCAGUCUACUAGGAGAUGAGACAGACACACUGGCCUCGUCCAUCCUUAAUCACCGAAUGGAGAAUGGACGGCAGUACCACGCAUAUAGAGAUGGCGCAUACUGGGGCCCCAACGACGAACUGGCGAAAGAGAUACUCGACUUUGCACACCACAUGUACCUCUUAACCCUCGACCAGAAGCUGUUUCUCGCACCUAUACAGGACCCCCAGACGAUACUAGAUUGCGGCACAGGCACAGGCAUUUGGGCAAUAGACAUGGCAGACCAGUACCCCUCGGCAACAGUCAUCGGCACCGACCUCUCCCCCAUUCAACCCGAAUGGGUCCCGCCAAACUGCCUCUUCGAGAUCGACGACGUGUCGCUAGACUGGACAUUCCCGCCCAACCAUUUCGACUUCAUCCACAUUCGAGAACUCUUCGGUUGCAUCCCAGACUGGGACUUUUUCUUCCAGCAAGCAUUCGAGCACACCAAGCCUGGUGGCUACAUCGAAAUCGUCGAGCACUCCGUGCAGCCCGUCUCAGACGACGACAGCAUGGGCCCCGACCAUUUCUACCACACCUGGGGCAAAGUCGUCAUCGAGAUGGGAAAAAAGUUCGGCAAGAGCUUCACCAUAUGGGAAGAGAGCGCAGAGCGGAUACGGCGAGCGGGCUUCGUUGAUGUCGUCGUCGUCGACUACAAAUGGCCCAUGAACGGAUGGCCGACAGAGAGCAAGCAGAAGAACAUUGGGAGAUGGAAUCAACUGCGGUUGAUGGACGGCGUCGAGGGCUUCAUGCUGCGCCUCUUGACGCAGGUAGGCGGUUGGUCCAUUGCACGCGCUCAACUACACCUCGCACAGAUGCGCAAGGAGCUGAAAAGCUACCGCACACACGCCUACCUACCCGGCACCGUCGUCUACGCUCGGAAACCCCUUUCAGCAUGAUUUCGCAACUCUGUUCCCUUCGCAUACGUUCUGCACUAUUUGCUUGCUUGUCAAGCGUUUCAGACACUUUGUUCAGGGGGAUCUUGUACGAAUAUGUUGGCGAUGAUACCCACACUUUUCCUGAACUUUAUUAACAAUAUAUUGCGCUACGAGGGCGCUUGACACAUACCACCUGGUCGCUACAACUUUUGCUAAUUCUGCACUCACCUUUCUACUGCGGUAACUACACUCUGAUCCGAUUAUUCCCGUACCUGGUCUAACGAGAAGGAUUCUCGAAUCCUUCUCGUAUGCAUGUAAAACGACCCCUCCUCUAGCGAGCGCUUUGACGGGGUUCGUGCUACUAUCAUCAUACA